CGUAGAGUUCGUCAACGAAACCAGACGUUAUGGAUAAUCGAUCGCGUAUUGAUCCGUCUAAGUGCGGCGGAUGUAAAAAUUCCGUUGUAAAAUGUGGUGCAAAGUGCAAGAUUUGUACCAAAAUGUUUCACCGAAGUUGUGCCCAAAAGAUGAAAAGAUGUUGUGAUGAAGAGAUAACAUUUGUUAAUAUCAGUAUUAAAUCCAGUGAAGAUGACAUACUUGAGAGUGUUAAUAAUAUAGAAAUCACAGGAAACUCUUCUCAUCAGGAUCUUUUAUUGAAAAUAAUUCAUGAACUUGAGAGCAAAAAUCGUCUCUUAGAAGAAAACACAGUAUUAUUAAAAUACAAAAUUUCUGUUUUGGAAAAUGUAAUUUCGAUAAAAGAUAAAAUAUGUAGCCGAUGUGAUAAGGAAAAUGAUAACAUUCAUGUAAAUCAAGAUGUUGUGGCCGAUAGCGAUAUUACUCAUGCAGCGAAUCCAAUAAUUAAAGAUAACAUUUCAUCUGGAGAUUCCUUGAAGACCUCGAAUUCAACAAAUACAGGGUGUCCCCAACGUCAGCGCGAGAAAAUUACUCUCCAUGAGAUGAACAUUGCUGUUGCUGAUGCUGAAGGCAAGAUUAAAAGUUCCAUCAACAAUACAUCUAGUGGCUCGAAAAUAAAUGAAUGGAGGACGGUGCCUCCUAGAAAAUCCUCGAGGAGGAAUCGUUCGGCAUUGGUUGUUGGAAGAUCUGCUGAAUCUUCUACAGUUCUCGGAAUCGAAAAAAAGAGGGCUCUACAUGUUUCUAGGCUCAGACCUGAUACUUCCACUGAUGACCUUAAAGCAUUCCUGAAUAAGAACUUUCCAAGUGUUGAAUGUGAAAAAAUACAAUCUAGAUAUCCCGAAUCAUAUGCUUCCUUCAAAGUACUAAUACCUAUCACUGAAUUUGACAAAGUCAAGAAUGCUGACAAUUGGCCCAAAAAUGCUAGUGUUAAUUAUUUUUUCCUGAACCGAAACAGGAAAUACAAAGAUAUAAUGAAUCCGAUUCAUUCAGAGUGAUGCAUGUUAAUGUUCAAUCCAUAUGCAACAAAAUAGUCAACUUGGAGUUGCUCCUUGCGGAAGAGCGUCCAUCAAUUGUUAGUAUUGUCGAGCAUUGGUGCAGCGCCGAAAAAUUAAGUUCCUACUGUAUAUAUGGUUAUGUACAAGCAGCGUCAUACUGCCGCCUCAAUUAUGGACAUGGUGGUACUGUUCUUCUUGUUAGAGCUGACCUAUUGAUCCCCAAAUGAAAUAAAUAAGAACUGGAUAAAUGAUGAGAUUAAGAAAUUCAGUAUAAAUUUGAAAAAUUUGAAUUGGCUCAACAAAAAUUUGAGAUCGAGUGAAUCAUUUGGAAUUUACAAGCAAGCUAAGACUAAUUUUAGGAAUUUGUUAACAAAAACAAAAUGUGAAUUUUAUCAAAAUGCCAUUAAUUCAUCCACGAAUAAAACUAAAACUGUUUGGAACUUGGUCAAUAGGGAAUUAUGUAGGAGAGGUGCCUCAAAUAAUACUAUAGGUCUGAGUAUAGAUGGAACAUCCUAUACUGAGCCUUCUGUUGUUGCUAAUAUAUUUGCAAAUUAUUUCAGUUCCAUUGCGCAGGUCAGUAUAUUGAAUCACU